GGGCGGGAUCCCUCCGCUCUGGGGAGGCAGCGCUGGCGGCGGGGUUGGGGCCACUGAGGAAAUCCAUCCGCGCCGCCGCCGCCGCCGCCUCCGCCGCGGAGGAAGACAGCGCCGCCCGCGCGCCGCCAGCGACCCCGCCGCAGAGUCCCACCGCCACAGGCCUCGGGCCAGCGGCCAGGAGCUGCCUCCCCCAGCCCCCGUCCCGCGGCCCCCAGCCGCCCCCAACCCCGCCCCACGGGCCCGGCGCCAUGAGUGAACUGGAGCAACUGAGACAGGAGGCCGAGCAGCUCCGGAACCAGAUCCGGGAUGCCCGAAAAGCAUGUGGGGACUCAACACUGACCCAGAUCACAGCUGGGCUGGACCCAGUGGGGAGAAUCCAGAUGAGGACCCGGAGGACCCUCCGUGGGCACCUGGCAAAGAUCUAUGCCAUGCACUGGGGGACCGACUCAAGGCUGCUGGUCAGCGCCUCCCAGGAUGGGAAGCUCAUCAUCUGGGACAGCUACACCACCAACAAGGUUCACGCCAUCCCGCUGCGCUCCUCCUGGGUCAUGACCUGUGCCUAUGCGCCCUCAGGGAACUUUGUGGCCUGUGGGGGGCUGGACAACAUCUGCUCCAUCUACAGCCUCAAGACCCGCGAGGGCAACGUCAGGGUCAGCCGGGAGCUGCCUGGCCACACUGGGUACCUGUCGUGCUGCCGCUUCCUGGAUGACAACCAAAUCAUCACCAGCUCUGGGGAUACCACCUGUGCCCUGUGGGACAUUGAGACAGGCCAGCAGACAGUGGGUUUUGCUGGACACAGUGGGGAUGUGAUGUCCCUGUCCCUGGCUCCCGAUGGCCGCACGUUUGUGUCAGGCGCCUGUGAUGCCUCUAUCAAGCUGUGGGACGUACGGGAUUCCAUGUGCCGACAGACCUUCAUCGGCCACGAAUCCGACAUCAACGCGGUGGCUUUCUUCCCCAACGGCUAUGCCUUCACCACCGGCUCUGAUGACGCCACGUGCCGCCUCUUCGACCUGCGGGCCGAUCAGGAGCUCCUCAUGUACUCCCAUGACAACAUCAUCUGUGGCAUCACCUCUGUUGCCUUCUCGCGCAGCGGCCGGCUGCUGCUCGCUGGCUACGACGACUUCAACUGCAACAUCUGGGAUGCCAUGAAGGGCGACCGUGCAGGGGUCCUCGCUGGCCACGACAACCGUGUGAGCUGCCUUGGGGUCACCGACGAUGGCAUGGCUGUGGCCACUGGCUCCUGGGACUCCUUCCUCAAGAUCUGGAACUAACGGCCCCACCCCUGCUGGGCCCAGGCCGGGAGGGGCCCUGCCCACGCCCACACUACAGGCCAGGGCUGAGGGGCUGGGCGUACUCCCAGCCCCCUUCCCUGGGCCACGGGGCCUUGGGUCCCUGCCCUCCCACCCAGGUUUGGUUCCUCCCGGGGCCCCCACUGUGGAGAUAAAAAGGGGAUGGAAUGGGGGAAAAGGAGGGGCAGGAGGCCCUUAUCCUUCUGCUGCCCUGGGGUUGGGGCCUCACCCCUCUGGAGGGCCAGAGGCAGGAGGUGGAAACCCCAGGGGCUGGCUUUUUUAAAACUGGUUUUAUUUUAAUUUUUAUUAUAUUUUCAGUUUUUCCAUAAAGGAGCCAAUUCCAACUCUGUA